UCGAAGCGUCGCAAUCUUGUUCCAUCCAGACGCAGCAUGGCAGACGCACCACCACCGCUCUGCGAGAUGCCGCCGGCCCCGAGCGUCAUGGACGAGAUGGUCGCCGCCGCCAUGCAGGCCAAAGCGCGCAAGGACGCGGCGAAAGCGGUCGAGGCCAAGCAGCGCGCCACGUCAUUUGGCGGUGGCUUGAAGAAAGGCUUCUUUGCGGCGCCGGUCCGCAAGCCGACACGGAAAACCGUCGCCAAGCCCACGACAGUCGCCAAGCAAGAGAUCGAGACGAUACGGCCGACCAAGAAGCAUGCACUCGAGCUCCCCGAGGUUCAAGCAGCGAUGCAGGGGCUCACGACCAACGACUGGAUGACGCCCGACUUUAUGGACAAGCUUGCCAAGAACCCGAAGCUCUGCAUCGCGCUGCAGAACCCUCGGUUCACGGCCGCGAUCCAAGAGCUUUCGACCAACCCGGAGAAGGCCAUGGCCAAGUAUCAACACGACGCCGAUGUCUCGGCGAUGCUGCGCGACUUUAUGCAGUUUAUGGGCGCCCACUUCGAGGCGCUGGGCAAGGUCGCGGACGCCGACGCGGCCAAAGCAAAGCAACGUCACGCCCUCGAAGCCGCGGCCCACACGCCACAGGAGCAGGCGCAAGUUGAGCGCAUCUUGGGUGACCCCGAGCUCCAAGCGAUCUUGUCGGACCCGGACAUGCAAGCUGUGCUCCAGCGCUGCACGGCGCCCGGCGUCCUCCUCCGCUACCUCCAAGACCCCAUCGUCGGCCCCAAGAUCCGCAAGCUCGAAGCCGCGGGGCUCGUCCAGCUGCACCCGUAAAAGCCACUGUGCAAAUCAAUAAUCGCGUGUGUUUUUGCG